AUGGUGUACUUGUCUAUAGAUUUGGAUGCAUUUUAUUGCGCGGUAGAAGAGCACUACGACCUCAGUUUGCAGGGUGAGCCGUUCUGCGUGUACCAGAAACAGGUGGUCUGCACAUUGAGCUAUGCGGCGCGGGCUUUAGGGAUCAAGAAGCUCGCCAAUGCUCAGCAGGUGAGGGCAGCCUACCCUACUAUGCGAAUGAUUAACGGGGAAAGUUUGUCGCGGUACCGAGCGGCCGGGGUAAUGCUGCUCAAUUGGCUGCGUGCGAUAGUGAAAAGCCCAAUUGAGCGGCUGGGGCUGGAAGAGAUGCGGUGCGACGUAUCAGCGGCAGUGUCAAGGUGCAUUGAUGGCAUGAAAGUGCAGCAGUUGCCGGUGGGCGAGUUGCCUGACGAAGCGGCCGACGGAAUAAACGUGCAGUUCUGGGACACCGACAUCGAGCUCGGGGACUUUUUUUUCGGAUUCAAUGGUAAAACUGUGCCUCCCGGAUUCGAUCGAUACGCUAGGGGCCGGGACAACCUCGAGUACUAUUUGGCGGGGCACAUGGCCCAGUACAUACAGGAGAAAAUGCGGCUUGACACGGGCUACAGCUGCUCAAUAGGUGUGGGGUCGUCAAUAUCGCUCGCUAAAAUGGUGUGUGGCGCCAACAAGCCCGGCGGCGUCUCUGUUCUGUGGCCUGGCCACGAGCAAGUGUUUAUGGAUGUGCAACCGCUUUCCAGACUGCCAGGGUUUGGGUCCAAGUCGAGAGCCGCUCUGGCCGGACACGGCUACGAGGCCAGCUGGACGGUCAAAGAUAUGCACGAAAACAUCGACGAGCCCCAAUUUCUACGCAUUUUACCCAAGGAGUUGUGGGAUCUCACGUGGUGCAAAGAGCAAACGCGGCUAACCAACUGGACUCGGCCGAGCCAAAUCUCCGUCGAAGAGACCUGGCCAGCCCCGCUGCCUCUGAGUCAAAUACCAAUUGAGCUCGACAAGCUACUGGACUCGCUCAUCUCGCAGGCUAAAAUAGACAUUGUGCAAGACGGCGUGUGGCUAGUCCAUCCGUCUCACGUACGUGUGGCGGUGAUCAGAUACGGCGAGCCCAGCCGGCAGUCCCGCAGCCAGCGGUUGACCCUGCAGCCUGAUUCGUCACAAUUUGCUAAACAGGUUUCUCGCACCGCGCUCCGCCUGGCCACCGAGGUUGCUAAAAGCCCUAUACGUCUACUUAAUAUUGCAUUCAUAUUCCCAUCGUCCUAA